CGCCUGCCGCUGCUCAGCGUCUCCUGGUUAAUGGAUUAUACAGUUUCCCUCAAAGUGCAACAUCAGCUGGCCGUGUUCCCGACACACUUCUACCAGAGCUACACUGUGGAGUUACAGAUGAAGUCAACAGAGGUGGACCAAGGGCUUUUCACAGACAGCUACUGCAAAGUGUGCAGCGCUCAGCUCAUCUCCGAGUCCCAAAGGGUCGCCCAUUAUGAGAGUCGGAAACACGCCAAUAAAGUGCGACUGUAUUACAUGCUACAUCCUGUGGAUGGAGGCUGCCCUGCCAAGAAGCUCAGAACAGACAAUGGUAGCGACGAGGGCGAUGUGGACAAGAAUAAGUGCUGCACGCUGUGUAACAUGUCCUUCACCUCAGCAGUGGUGGCACAGUCACACUACCAGGGUAAAAUCCACGCCAAGAGGCUAAAGCUACUACUGGGGGAGCAGCCCGCCAUCACAAACAAAGCGUCCCCAAGUCCUGUAAAGAGCUCCCCAGAAACGUCUCCCAUGACCUCCCCGCGACAGCGCCGUGACUCAGACCGCUACUGCCAGCUAUGCAACGCCUGGUUCAACAACCCCGGCAUGGCUCAGCAACAUUACGAUGGCAAAAAGCACAAGAAGAACGCUGCCAGAGCAGACCUACUGGAGCAGCUGGGCAAGACCCUGGACAUGGGAGAGAUGAAAGGUCUGAAACGGAGCUAUACCUGUGAAGUCUGCAGCGUCACACUGAACUCGGUGGCACAGUACCAUGCACAUCUGCAGGGCUCAAAGCACCAAAACAACCUGAAGAAUCAGAUAUGUGUCCAGUGAGCGUGGAAUGAAGAUACAAACCAACAACUGGAUUGAUGUCAGACAAGCUGUGGUCAGCUUGCCCAGCUUUUUCUGCCUCUGCCCUGCUUCUGCUCUCC